ACAUUUGUUUUGUUUUAGAUUUUGAAAAAAUUUGAACCCAUAAUGGCUUACGUCGCACUUAGCGAAGCGGAAAAAACAUUUAUAUUGCAUGGCGUAGAGGAGGAUUAUCGAUGUGAUGGCCGCUCCCGGCGAGAUUACAGGCCAAUGGAGCUUGAAACUGGUCUGGUGAGCAAUGCCAGUGGCUCUGCACGCCUGCGUCUGGCAAACACUGAUAUAUUAGUGGGCGUUAAAACAGAAAUCGAUGUGCCGCAUCAAUUAACGCCAGAGUUUGGAAAACUAGAGUUCUUUGUUGACUGCUCUGCAAAUGCAACACCCGAAUUUGAAGGUCGUGGAGGGUCAGAUUUGGCUCAGGAACUGAUUCUUUCACUUAAGAAUGCCUACGAAUCCCCUUUUGCAUUUGACUACCGCAGCUUGUGCCUCAUCCCAGGUCAACAAUGCUGGAAGCUUUACAUAGAUAUAUUGAUAUUGGAGUGCGGAGGUAACCUCUACGAUGCCGUGUCUUUAGCAGCCAAAGCAGCGCUGUUCAAUACAAAACUACCCCGUGUGACAGCUACAUUGUUGGACGCAGGCAUAACUGAUCUCAUAAUAUCCGAUAAUCCAUAUGACUGCACACGUAUAGGGAUCGAGACGGUGCCAUUGUUGGUCACCGUGUGUAAGAUUGGCGACUUCUGCCUGGUGGAUCCAUCAGCCGAGGAAGAGGCAUGCAGCACAGUAAGCAUGGUUGUGGCUGUAUCGCAGCGAAAUAAUGAAGCUUUCCUGUCCGGCACGCACAUGACAGGCGGUGGUUCCAUGCACAGAGACACUAUGCUCAAUUGCCUGCAACUCGGACUUUCUAUUGGUGAUUACUUGGAUAAGUUACUUGUUAAGAUGCUUAAGCAAGAGCAAGAGCGUGUGGGGCCUAAGCGGCCCAAAAUUGUGGGAUUUCUUAAAUAAAAGUGAUUGGCAAACUUU